AUGAAGUGGCAACUUAUCUCCACUUCUUUCAUAUUAAUAUCUCUCCCAGCCACCUUCGCAAAGCCAACUGUUAAUCGAGGAAACUUCAAAGUCAAGCCCCGCUGGCACAAAUCCGAAGUUACACUAACCGCUUCCUCAAAAGACUCGACUCCUCCUACAUAUGGAACCUUAAAAGCCGAUGACGAUGAUCCCUUCAAUACCUACAUCGUAACCAUGAAGAAGAAUGAAAAACGUCCGUGGAUGGAGAUAUUCGAUGAAAUGGGAUUCAAUGCCACAGAAAAGAAAGAUAAUAUCUACUCUGCCCAUGCGAAUAGCAAAUCCGGAUAUCAGAACCAUAUCCGUGACUUUGAAACGGAUUUUGGAGAGAAAAUCGAGGCGUUUGGGCAUAACAUGCGAGCCUUUACUAUGAACCUACGAGAAUCAGAGGCAGAUGGGUUAUCCGGUUUGGAAGAAGUUGCGAUUAUUGAGAAAGAUAGUAUUGCUCGUCCCGCGGUUAUUGAGGAAGACGAAUACGAGGUGCUCAAUGUGACGGUUGGGAAGUUUGAGAAGCGACAGCAACAGGGACAGUCACAUAUCUAUACGCAACGAACUGCACCGUGGAGUUUACAGAGAAUUUCGAGUCGGAAUAAGGUUAUGACGAGGGGAAGAAAGGUUACGGAUAUGAGCUAUUAUUAUACAUAUGAUAGUAUGGCGGGGUUUGGAGUUGAUGUCUAUGUUUUGGAUACUGGUACCAAUGUUGAACAUACAGACUUUGCCGGUAGGGCUAAAAGAGAAUUCAAUGCAUUUCCAGGCGACGAUGGUAAGGAUGCGAGGGGUCAUGGUACUCACACCGCAGGAACUGUCGGGUCCAUUCACUACGGCGUAGCAAAGAACGCCAACAUUCUUGCUAUGAAAGUUAUCAAUAACGCCGGAGUCGGACCAUCAUCUGCCAUAGUUCAAGCCUUCGACCAUGCCAUCCGCCGUCAUAACGAGCGCCGAAGGGAUCCUAAUUUCAAAGGUUCCGUUAUUAGCAUGUCAUUGAGCGGGAAGGGAACCGCAGAAAGUUUAAAAAAUAUUAUGCGGACGGCCACUCAAGCCGGAAUACAUGUAUCUAUCGCAGCAGGGAACGCAAAGGAGGAUGCAUGCACAGUCUGGCCGGGACGGUAUUCGAGAGAAAUCCCAAUUAUAACCGUCGGAGCUAGUGAUAUCAACGAUCAAAGGGCUGGAUUCUCGAAUUUUGGACCCUGUGUUAACAUCCAUGCGCCUGGCGUGGCUAUCAUGAGUACCUAUAAUAAGGGACCAACGUCCACUACAUCAAUGCAGGGAACUUCCAUGGCAUGCCCGGCGGUUUCCGGGAUUAUUGCAGACGAGAUGGUUAAGAAUCCCCGACUGAGAUUUAAUCCUAUUGCGAUGAAGAGGCAUUUGAUAGCAAUGUCGGCAGGGGUAGCUGUUAGAGGUGCGAAUGAUGGCCGAGGGCUGGCGAAUAAUGGCUUCUAUGGGGCAGCGUAG